AUGGAACUCAACCAUGACAACGUUACAAAAGUUUUAUCUUUUGCAUCCUCGUUUGAUAAUAAAUCCCAGCAGCAAGAGGCGGAACGUCAAUUGAAACAAUGGGAGGUACAAGUUGGCUAUCACUUAUUGUUGCAAAACAUCUACACAACUCAAACUGAAGACUUGCAAAUUCGUUGGCUAGCCACAAUAUGUUUCAAAAAUGGGAUAGAUAAAUAUUGGAGACUGUCGAGACAACAUGCUCUUACGAAAGAAGAAAAGGGUCAAAUUAUUUUGAGAGCAUUAGACUCAAUAUCAGAACCAAAUGAACAGUUGAUAAUUCAAUAUGCUGAUGCAAUUGCUACAAUUGCAAGAUUUGAAUAUCCCAAUGGGUGGAAUAUAUUCGAAAAUUUGAUUCUGAAACUUCAAAAGGCAGUGGAAACUGAGGAUGUCUUUACGCUCAAAAACACUUUGGUUGUAAUGAAUCUUGUAAUUAAAAUAAUAUCAAGCGUUAGAAUCGGGAGUUCACGAAAGGAAAUGCAUACAAGAAGUCCAGAAAUUGUUUCAAUACUCAAGCAAUUGUACGAUCAAUUUUUUUACAUGUGGACUGAGUCAGCCAAUGAGACAUUGAUGCGAAUUUGUUACUUAUGCUUAAAAAAUUUGCGAAGAAUUAUGCCAGAAGGAAUUGAACAGUAUCAUAAGAACCAAGUGGUCUCCGAAUUUAUUGAAUCUACAAUUGCUCACUUUCAAUUGCUUUUAUCAAAUAAAGAGAAACACUCUCAAGGAGUUAUUGACAAAUUUGUGAAUUCUUAUAGUAAGCUUUACAUUUCAAUGCUUAAUUAUAAUCCAACCAGCUUUAUACUACUUAAAAGCUCUGACGAAGUUAUAGCGUCAAAUUUAUUGAUUAUUAAUUCCCAGGCACAAACCAUUUAUGAAGGUGAUGAAUUGUACGAAAAACUAGCUUUGAAAAGUUUUAGUAUCAUGAAGAGAUUGACUUCGUUCUUGUUUAAAAAAGGUGCCUUAUCAUUGAAACAAAAAAGUGGAAAAGAAGAUGUACAUUUGGCAAUUACAAAGUUGAAUGAUAGAUUUUUCCAAACUGACGAUAUCAUUAGACUCUGUGAUACAAUUACACUUUGGUACAUGAGAUUAAGAGAGCAGGAUUUGGAAGCUUGGAAAGAUGAACCGGAAGAGUGGUUUAAUCAAGAACUUUCUAGUAGCUGGGAAUUUGACAUUAGAGCUAGUGCCGAAAAUUACUUUCAAGAUUUGAUUAAGUAUUUCCCAAAUCAGUUGACCGAAUAUCUACUUCGCAAAAUAAGCAAGGAAUUAAAGUCCGAUGAUGUACUCACUCAAGAUGCUUUAUUAUGUAGUUUGCAAUUGUCUUCUUAUUCGAUUGCGAAUAACAUUGACUUUAACACCGUGUUACAAGAGUCUUUGAUUCCAAAUUGUCACAAUUCCAACAUUCUUCAACGAAGAAUAUGUUUGGUUAUAUCUGAAUGGGUAGGUGUACAAUGUUCAAAAGAACUGAGAAAACUAAUUUAUGAAAUGUUGUCACGUUUUAUUCAUUUGGGUGACAUGGUGGUAAAGCUUUCCGCAGUAAGUUGCUUGAAAUCAUUAGUGGAUGAUUGGGAUUUUGAUAAACUAGAUUUUGCCCCGUUUAUUGAAAGUUUUUUACUGUCGUUACUCCGUUUGUUUGAAGAACUGACUACCACUGAAUCAAAAUUAUUCGUAAUGAAUACUUUAUCCCUGAUAAUCGAGAAAUGCAAUCCGAUGAUUGAACAUGGUGUUUUGUUGAAAAUUUUGCAGUUAAUUCCACUGUAUUGGGAGUCUAAAGAUGAUGGGUUCAUAUUGAAAUCAGCAAUAUUAAGAAUGUUCAAAAAUUUAAUUGUUUCAAUGAAUGAGGAUUCAUACCACGCGGUUCCACUUGCAACAGAAUUAAUAAGACUUACUUGCACACCAGAGUCUUCUUUAUACUCGACUACUUCAGAAGAUGGAUAUGAAGUUUGGUUAAUUCUAUUACAACAUUUGCCCACCGAUGUCAAAGAUUCAGAAGUGAAAAAUUUGUUUAAAUUGGUACCCUCAGCACUUUUAAAUUCCACCGAAAUACUACCUACUAUUUUAUCGAUUAUUAGAAGCUAUACUUUAUACAUGCCUGAGCUUUUUGUUCAGGACGCACCAUUCGAGAUAUUAGCAAAGUAUUUGAAUGACAUGAGAGAUGACUCCUAUGAUAUUUUUGUAAUUUUAAUGGAAAUUUUGAUAAUAAAUCCUGAUGAUCUGAUUAUAAGAAAAAUGCAUUUAAGUGGUUUACUAGAAAGUAUGUUCAGAUAUGGCGUGAAUGAUGAGAACAGUUUAAUCUUAACUAGUCGAAUGUUCAUAUUAUUUAGUCGAUUAACAAUGCUGUCAUAUUUUCGAGAAAUGAUCGAUGAAGGGGUAGACGUUGCAUUCUUUACCAAAUGGGUAAAAAAUCUUGAAUAUCAAAAUAAUGCUCGAGAUAAGAAGAUAAAUUUGAUUGGAUUACUCAAUCGUAUCAAAAAUUUGCCUCAAAACUUAAAAUUAGAUGUGAUUAGAAAAACCUUAUACUUUUUAGAGGAACACAACGAAGAUAAUUAUGGAAGUUGUGAGCAUUAUAAAGGACAUUACCUAUAUUCCGAUAUUGAUGAAUAUUCAUUUUUGGAUUCUAAUAUUAAAGCACCUUAUGAAAAAAUAAGAUAUCAAAAAUUAAUGGAUGAUUUUGAUUACGUUUUCGAUAACUUUGAGCAAUUGAACAACCAUAUUAAGGACAGGAAUGGUGAAUUAUCACAAACUGCAAUUGGUUUAAGCAAAUUGGAAUUUCAUAAAGUCAAUUCAAAUAUACAACAAUUGAAUCAAAAUACAGUUGCCACCAAUAAAGAUGUUUUAGCAUUGAAAAACUGCAUAGAAAAAUUUAUAUUAUUAAUAUACCUGGAGACUAUUUUUGACAGUAGAAUUAGUUGGAUCUUAAUUACAUUAUACGUCAAUCCAUUUAUGAGGACUCAUUUACUAAAAGAGAUUAAAUUACUUUGGCCAAUUUAUUUGAAAAUUAGAAUUGAAACAGAAGAUGUUAUAUCGUUAAAUAAUUUGAUUCAUGAUGCCUUGAUCAAUUCUCCAUCGUUGAGCUGGUUGAGCUCUAGAGUGUUAUUAAAUUUGAGCGAUGACAAUACUUUAUUCACAACAAUCAAAAAACAGAUUAAUACAAAAGAAAAUCUUGCAUUGUUUGACCACAUGAUUAAUUUAAAUCGAAGCUUUUCAACAAUUAUGAAUUUGAUUCAAUUAUUUACAAAACUCGGACUAGAAAAUAUUUUUCUUCCAAAUUGGACUGGGCCACAGAUCAAUUAUAUUCGAUCAAGAAAUCCUAAUUUCAAAAAUUUAUUGCAAUGUAGCAUCAAGUCUAAUUUUGAAUCAUUUAAUGGAAAAUGUUUAAUUCAACCAAUUGAUUAUCAUUUACUUAAUUUAUGGAUUUCUUCAGAAAAUUCAAUGAUAUGUCACUAUAUAAAUUUAAAAGCAUUUGAUUCCUAUAAAACCUUACCUCAAAAUACAAUUAAAUUAAAAUUUGUAACUACAGGUGAAAGAAAAACUAGAUCCAUGACUCAGCUGGUGGAAAAUUAUUUAAAAUCAUUUGCUGCUAGAACGUGUAAUGGUGUUGAUGUGGAAAAUUUGACAAUUGAUGUUACGAUUAGUGAAACCUUACAUUACAAUUGGAUGAUUAACUAUUUGAAAACUUUUAAAAAAUUUAAACAGCUGAAAAUUACAGAAAUUAUUGAAUCACCCGAGAUUUCAAAAGUUCCUUCAACUCAUGAAAAAUUGAAAGUUUUUGAAGCUAGAUCACGUAAACUGACAUAUAAAACAAAGAGAAGUAAAAGAAAAAGAUUGGCAAGUGAAUGGGAUUUAACAUCAGAUAUUGAUUCAGUUGAUGCUAUUGUUGAUUCUAGCGCAAAAUCUACAAACUUUGUUGAAAAUAAAAAAGCAGAAUCUAUUUCAGAACGUAAUAGUGCUGGAGCUAACUAUAAUUUGAAUUAUGAUUUGGAAACUCAAGAUGAUGUGGGACCAGAAGAUACCUUUUUGAAAAAAGUGAUGAACGAAUCAAUGUCAAAACCUUCAAUUGUUAAACCUAAACAUGUCAUGAGUAGAGCAAAAACUGCACCAACAAAUACCCCAACUAACAAGGUAACUACUGCUGCCGAUAUUUAUGCUACUCCAUCAAUUACAAAUAUCGAAAAUUCAACAAUUAUAGAUAGUCAAGGUCUGGAAAUAGUAAAAGCUCCAACGAGAAAGAAGAAACGAAGAGUUGGAAGAGCUACAACGGCAUAUGCUAGAACUUCCACACCAGUAUAUACUGAACCAACUGAAUAUAUUAAUAAUACCACAGAAAUGGUUAAGUUUGAUGAUCCAAUAAAUGUCAUGGAUGAAAGCUUGCAAUUAUUCAGAUCAAAUUUAAUAAAUAAGAUGAAGAUGAAUAUUGUUCAAAUGAAUUAA